AUGGCUGAACCCCAACCCCCCAAUGUCGUUGAGGGUGCCACGACUGGCGAUGUCGAGGACGAGGUCCAGGCCAAGGCCAAGUCGGCAGAGGAUCGAAAAGCGGCUGCCGCCAUGUCGAGACUCGACGCCAACGACGAGGGGUCCAGCUCAGCACAGGUAGACCAAGAUGCGGCCAAGAAGGCGAUGCAAUCAUUGGGCGGUGCUGCAGCAACCAAGACAGAGGUUAAGAAGGUUAAGGUCGAUGCGGCCGAUGUCGCGCUGCUGGUCAAUGAGUUGGACCUCACUAAGGUCAAGGCCACCGAACUGCUAAAGGCCCACGAGGGAGACGCCGUGAAAGCAAUGAGGGCUUUCAUCUCAGCGCCCUGA